UAAAAUGUCAUUUGCAUUUAAGUUGAUAAAAUAUAAGUUAGAAACAUAUAAUGUGUGUAUUUAAUAAAAGCACGUGAAUUAAGUGGAAGUAAAGAAUGCAAAAUUCAUAUUCCAAGAAGAUUGUCCACUAUUGAUCUUUUCCAAAAAAUCAUCUCUGAUUUCAAAUUAGAAAGUAUUCGCAAUCAAAUAAUAUUAGCUGUAAACGAAGAAUAUAUAACUGCAGAUAUUCUUGAGCUAUCAGAGAACGACAGAAUUGCAGUAAUCCCACCACUUAGUGGAGGGUAAUCUUUAUGAUAUGGAGGCAUCAAAGAAUUUUAUCAAGUUGCAACAAGAAAAAUUGAAUGUUGCUGAUAUUAUUAAUCUGGUAGUAUUUCCUAAUUGUGGAGCAGUGUCUAAUUUUAUUGGGAUUACCCGAGAUAAUUUUGAAAAUAAAAAAGUGAUUAAGUUAGAAUAUGAAACCUUUGAAGAUAUGGCUCUAAAAGAGAUGAAUCAUAUCUGCGCUAAAAUUCGUUUACAAUGGAAUGUAGAAGGCAUUGCUAUAUAUCAUCGCAUCGGUGAAGUGCCAAUAUCCGAAGCAAGUGUUGUAAUAGCCAUUUCCUCCCCUCACAGGGAAGAAUCGUUAAAAGCAGUUGAAUAUGCUAUUAAUACAUUAAAAGCAGUAGUGCCUAUUUGGAAGAAAGAAAUAUAUGAAACUGGAGAACCACAAUGGAAGCAAAAUAAAGAAUUAAGUAAUAAUACACCAGAGGUGGAAAACGUUAUUAAGUCUACAACUCGCAAGACAAAUAAUAUUCAAGCAACUGCAAAUAUAAAUGAAGAAAUACAAGAUAACGUUGUUAUUGAUCCUAAUCACGUACAAAUCCAAGUGAGCACCAAAGAAUUAAAUCGUAGGAUAGAAUCAUUCAUUGAAAGAAAACGUCGGCAAAUAAAUAUUAUGAAUCAGCGAGAGUUUUGCUGUCACAGUGAACAGAAUGAAGAUAAUGAAAACUCUUGUGCAAGAGUAGAUGCCGUUCUCGUACAGCGCAAUGAUUCUAAAAGUCAUAUGAAAGUUCACCGAGUAUUUAACACAUGGGGACCUCAAACAGUCAAUCACUCACUUUUACACAAAGCAACAAAUAGUACAAGUCCCAAGACUGCAAACUCCUUCCCUAUAUUGGAUGACAGAAUUUCUGUGACAGAGCGUAUAUUAGGGAUUAAUAAACCCGUGCCCAAAGAUAUUUACGAAAGAUUGAAAAUUAUUGAAGAUAAAAUAUUAUAUUUAGAAGGAAUAUCACCAGAAUACAAAGAAUUUUGGGUAACGAAAGAUAUCGAUAUUUUAAAAGGCAAUAUCAAAUCUACUCAGAAAAAAAUAUAUUCUACGGCAGAAUUUGACUCUAAGUUACACAAGCUAGAGGAAAAACGACGAAAAAUAAAUUAGCGAUACUGUAACAAUGCACAAACACGUCGGAUAAUCGAUUCAUGUAAUUCACUUAUAAUUUCUAUAGUUGUAAAAGUAGUAAGUAAUAAAAAUAUAUAUUUCUGUGA